AUGGAGAUAUGCCUGCUUCAGGAGCCCAAAACCGUGGCCGCUUUGUGGAAGAGUAAAAUGUUUUCCAGCCCGAUCGUUAUCUAUGUCGUCGCCUUGAAGACUCUCUUCGGAAUGAAAGACAAAGCACGGGAGGCGUACGCGGCCGACAACUCGGGGCCCCAUCGAAAACCGCACCCUAAAAGCCAGGUUGCACCGUACAAUCGGGUUGAUUAUUUGACACAUGACUCCCUGCUACGGGGAUUGAUUGGUCCUGGGCUACUGCCCACGUUUCAGCGUUUCCGGGGCAUCUUCAAAAAGCAGACUAUGAUGUGUUUGGACAGGCAGGACCAAUCUACUCAAUGGGUACCGAUGCCUGACAUGCUCCAGUUCUAUAAAGAUCAUAUAGGUCGGGCAAUCCUUGAGUCUAUCUUUGGCCCGCUGCUAUUGAGUGUCAAUCCCACCUUCAUGAAAACGCUCUGGGAGUUCGAUGAGGCAUCUCCGGUCUUGGCAAGAUCGAUUCCACGAUGGCUAGUGCCUCAUGCCUAUCGCUGCCGCGACUCAUUGAUUGAGCAGAUUCAGAACUGGUAUAAGUAUGCGCGGGCCCAGUUCCACGACUCGCUGAUUACCGAGGAUGGAAACGAUGACCCCUGCUGGGGAUCUGAGAUGAUGCGCGAGAGACAGCAGUUCCUUCUCGCAGUUGACGGCCAGGAUGAUGCAUCGCUAGCAUCAACAGAUCUCGGCCUGAUAUGGGUUUCGGUGACAAAUCUGGUUCCGUCAGCCAUGAUGACGCUCCUUCACAUAUUUGCCGAUCCGGUGCUUCUACGUCGCGUUCGGGAAAGUAUGCGGGACGAGGUCAUAGUUACCAACAAAGGCGCGGUCGGCGAGGUGGCAGAAGUGGAGAUUUAUAUGGAAAAGGUGAUUAAGAAUCCCCUAUUGCAGGCAGUUUACGCCGAGACUCUUCGCCUCUACGUCCAGGCGUUCGUGACGCGCAGUUCCGCCCAUGAGCCGGUUGCCGUGAACCAGUGGUGGCUAAACCAGGAGGAUGUAGUGAUGGUCAACUCCUACCCGAAUCAUAUGAACAAGAAAAUCUGGAAUGAGGGUCCCAAUGGAGCCUAUCCUGUUGACAUCUUCUGGGCGGAUCGGUUUUUGCGGGAUCCACAAGAUCCACAGUCCGGACCGAUGGGCGAUCGAGGUUAUCAAGAUGAAAAGGUGGAAAUGAUGUCGGAGGGCACCAAGCCCUUCUUCACACUUUCAGGGCUGGAGGGGCAGUGGAUCCCCUUUGGUGGCGGGAGCUCGGCAUGUCCAGGGCGCAUUUUUGCUAAGCGAGUUAUCCUCUACACUUGUGCCUAUUUUGUUAGCCAGUUUGAUAUUUCUGUUCCAUCUUCGACUUGGGAAAUGGAUUCGUCGGCAUUUGGACUGGGAACACAGAAGCCAAAGCGUAAGAUUCCCUUUGCGAUUCGCCGGAGGAUACUUCCCCUCGAGGAGAUGUAG